AUGGUCUACAUCAAUUCGAAUGGCCAAGUGGUCGAGAAAGAAAACACGGUAAUCGGUUAUCUGUUGGGACUUCUGAACUUCUUUGUUUUAUUCUUCCAAACAUUGUUUGGAUUGGACUCAUCAAAGUCGAAAAGACAAGCAACACCGACAUCCGACGAUUAUCGUUCACAUCUUCGAGGCAAUGCAAAUGGCGGCGGUGGAGGUGGUGGAGGACAACGGCGACAAAUUGCGGAGGUGGAUGAGGAUCCUAAAUGUCCGGAUCGUGCCCGGGCCGUCGAAGACUUUGACACAACUAAAAUAACACCCUUC